UUCCAAGCAAAGGGAGGCGGCUCUAAUCAGGUGAGAUUUUCAUUUGGACACAAAAAAGGAGGAGGACCAGCGUUGGACACUUCAGUUAGUGGCUCUGGUAAAUUUUACUUCCGCUUCACCUUGCCAAACACUUACCGGCCAACCAUGACUGAAGCUACAGCCGAAACUAUAGAUCUUUCAGCAGUGGAUAGCAAAACACUUGGAGAGGAUGACAUGUUUGACGUAAUUGAGGCUCUCUCUCCUGUUGCCGCAAAAUGGAAGGCUAUUGGAACAGCUCUCAGGAUAAAGCGUAACAAGUUGGAUGAGUUGGAGAGCACACAUAAGGGAGAUGUUCAGGAUUGUCUAGCCGACACAGUAGCAGAGUAUUUACGCUUGGGCUACAACACCAAGAAGUACGGAGAGCCAACAUGGCUGAAUAUAAUCAAAGCAGUGGAGCAUUCUGCUGGAGGAAAUAACAGAGCACAUGCUAUUAGCAUAGCAAAGGAUCACCUCAUACUAUCUGACCCAGAAAGAGAAGACAUAAACCUUGCAGAUGAAGACAAUUCUCACCUUCUUGAAGCAUUUUCACAAAAAUUGCGAGCACAACUGGAGGUAAUCAAAUCAUUCUCCAUUGAUUCUAUAGAGGAUGAGGAACGAAAUGUGUCAAAUAACAAGAAGGCUUUGUCUGACUUUGUAAAAAACACAAUGAAGUCUCGAAUCAGGCCCGACAGCAUUAGGAAAGUCCUUGCUAAAGUGUAUAGCAAUGAUCUGCUUGUAGACAACAGUGUUUAUGAAUGGGCUUUGGGAAAAAUUGCGUCUGUGGAGAAAAUGUCUGAGAAAUCUCUCGAAGAGCAAGAAAUCCCCACUAAAGAACAUAUGCCGUCACUCUUUAGUAAAGACAUUGUCUAUCAUGCUUGUCUGUGUAGCCUAGCUACUAGCACUAGUACUAUUUCCGACUACAAAGAUUUCUUCAACAAAAAGUUUCCUGAGCACUCCCUCGAAGAAGUGUCACUGUCUCGAUCACAAGACAGAGAGGAUGUCGAUCGCUACCUCAUCGCUAGACAGGGGAAGGUGUUCUAUGUUGCUUUUAGGAGCGAGUCUUUACUCUCAGACUGGAUGAAGAAAUUCUCCUCUUUUGAGCAAGGAAUUAAGAUUGAAAGUGAAAGGAUUCCAUUGAGAUUCUUUGUCCGUCAACUGCAUGAUGGAUAUCGUAUUGUUUUCACAGGAUUCACAUUUGGGGGACUGCUGGCCAAAGCAGUAGCUGCUAGGAUGUGGAGAGAGCCACUCCUCAGUGUGGAAGCCUUGCAAGAAAAUGUUGCUUGCAUCACACUUGGUGCCCCGAUGAUCACCCUCUCUGUGGUUACCAUUGCAAUGGAGGAAACCCCUCAGUUUGGGAGCACUGUCCAUUCAAUUAUGUUGGACUCUGACCCCAUCCCCAACUUAUGCAUGUUUUUGGACCCCCGUUGUGAGGAGGUGGGUUCUGAGGUGUUGCUCCCCAGUCUUUGGAAAUCACUGGAGAGUUUCCAAGGACUAUUUACCUCUGUUUUAACGCGCAACUUUGGUAUCCUCCAGGACAGUGGCAACUACAAGGGUACCGAUUUGGAUGCACUGGACGCACUUGCUUCCAUUAAGUCUGUACUGGGCAAAGCUAUUCCACAGUUACUGGCCCGUCUACCUAAGUUGAUAACAAUAGGAGAUGUGCACUCAGUUUCGAUCGAUCCUUUAAACGGAUUAAUGUUCAAGACUCUUGAAAGUCAAGAAUUGGCUGCAUUACAUGAGUUUGCUUCGCUUUCAUCCAUUGAUCAGCUAUCAUUUGAGAUGUUCUCAAAGCAUGAUGCCAAAGUGUACCAGCAAGCUAUCUUCAGGAGUUAUAUCAAGCAACCACCUAGGCCUGGUUCGUCACUCCAGGAUCUGAAUGUUGUAAAACCAUCCAUCACAUCUGUUGAUUUUCGCCGCCACGGUAGGGAGGUUUCCGUGACAGUGAAUGGCAACAACCUGUGGUUCUGUUACCACAUUCAAGUUGCUCAAUAUAAGACAAAGGUCUGUGCCAAAGAUACCAGUCAGCAUUCACUACAGUUUAACUAUGAUGCUGAAAAUGAUACAAAGAUCGCCAUGGAUGCUGAUCAUGUGAAAGUAGCCGUUUCUAGUCAUUUCUCCAAUCCAGUGAAAGUCAUAAAAGUACAAGUCUCACGAAAGGUAUUUCGCUUCACUUUUCGACAAGAGCAGCUGGCUAAACUCACUCCCUCGGAGCUGAUUGAGACAGCAUAUUUAAGCACUCUGCUCGAACAACACCCUCAUGCCACCAAGCUGAAGAUGUUUUCACAUCGAUUUAACACAGUCAAAAACUUCUUGGAGCAGAUAGUUUCUGUUGUUCCGAUUGAGAGCAUUUUCCAUACAAUUGUCAUAUCUGAUGAUCAAGAGAUUAUGGCCAGAUGUUGUAGCCUUUUGGAGUCUUCUCAGCUCAAUCUGCCUCCUUCCCUUCUAUUGUCGACAGGUGCUCAAAGUGCUUAUUAUACUGUCCGAACACUUUCCCCAGGUCAGUCUCCAAAAUUUAGUUCAAAUGAAGAUCACUAUCUUUCCUGGAAGCAGGCCGAAUCACGUAAAACUGUAACAAAGGAAACAGCUCGUGCACACUACCAGAAGUAUGCUAAACAAACCUCUCGAGCUACUGGUGCCACCGCUGUUAAUGAAAUCAUUGACAGGGAGGUUUUCUAUGCAACAAACCUCCCUCUCAGGUAUCAGGAAAAAAUGACCCAAAGUGAUGCACAUGAAAGGUUGCAAAACAUUUUACCGAAUCACCCUAAUCCUCAGCUAUUGUCUAGCAUGCUAGCAUUGUCUCACAAUGCAUUAGCGAAAGCUAAAAAUUAUGAACAGAUAAAUGCUAUCAAUGAUUUAAAACUCAGUAUGAUCUACCCGACUUUGGCUUCUCAAGAAAAGUCACCAUUAGAAAUUCUUGUUGUUAGUCGAAAAAAGCUAUCACAACUAUCACAGCAAUCAAUCAGUCUUUCAAGUGGUACACAAUUGGAAGAAGAUCAACGACAAAAGCUCUCCCAGCUGUACAACUCAAAGAUGUUGGAUUUAGUGAAUGACAUUCGCUCUAAGGAUCUUAAAAUGUGCACAUACCUUUUGGGGGCGUUCAUGGAAAAUCAAAUCAAAGUUCCUUUAGUCAAGUCUGAGUUCAACACAGCUAAGGCACUAGGUGCUCUUGUAAAUGCUGCUGCUGUUGGUGUAUGGGCAAUGUUCAGUCUCUCCUUAGGUGACAUGAAUGCAGUUAUUCAAUCAAUUCCUUCUGGAUCUCUUCUGGUGCAAGUCAAGGAGUACAUUAGAGGCAUCUUUGCUGAGAAGACAACCACUGCCGAUCACAACUACGCUGGCAAGCUCCAGUUCUUGAUUCAGGGAAUGGAUAAGACAGUGAGUUGCAACACUCACUACAUUAGCUACUCACUCGAGCGUCAACUUAUCGAGCUCUGCAAGAAGCUAAACAUCAGCGAAUCAACCCCCCUCGAAGUCCUUGUACGGGACUGGGACAAGCUAUUCAAGGAAGACGUCCUUUCUCUGGUUGUUCCCACACACCGCUCUCUGAUAGCCUGCUGGAUGAAGUGGGCUCUCAUGGUGCACAAUCUGAGGGAGGAGCUGGCCAAGUACACGACUGUGGGUGUAGUGGGGCUCGUCAACUCGGGGAAGUCCCUUCUUGUUAGCACCCUCUUCAACAUUGAGGUCCCCGUAGGUACCACAGCUGUCAAGCGUACCACAAUCCCGUUCCUGUACAAUCUUGAGGGUGUGAUUGAUGGAAUGGACGUGAUCGACUUCCCUGGUGUGGAUGACAGAGAUGACACUAUCCCUGACCUGUGUGAGCUCCUCCUGGCCCUCGCACAAGUGGUCAUCUUCGUAGUGGACUACAGGAAAGCACACACCCAGUCAGCCAAGAAGUGGCUUGAGAUGCUGGAGGACAAGUCAGUUCCUGUGCUGGUGUGCCUCACUUAUGCUGACAAGCUUUACGCUGAGCACAUGGGCAAAGAUGGCUCCCACCCCGAUGCCAGCUAUAUCAAACAAAGAAUCACUAAAGAGUGCUCAAUGAUCAAGGAGCAGCUCGGUGAUGUGCCGUCUCAUGAAUUGCAGCUGUUCUCAUUCAGCCAAGACCGUGACUCUGUCUUGAACACUCCCGAGGGACAAGAGAGGUUGAAGGAUGUCGGGAUUGCCCCGCCCCAAGCGGUGGGUGACUGGUUGGCUGGUGUGUUUGAGAGCCAACUGGAACAGGACGAAGUGGCCAAGCAACUCAGAGACUACAUGUUUGUACACUCAAAGUAGUUAGAUAGAUAGACAACUUUUUGGACAUGCAUGCAGUGUGGAUUUUUGUGCAGGUCCAAACAAACAAUACAAUAUCAUAGGGAGUUUUAGAAGUAGUCAAAUCAUAGAUUAAAGAGGAAGAGGGAUUGGAAAUGGUGUUGUUGUUGUAUAUAUACUAUACGCUUUAUCAUGUACCAAUUAUGUGUGCUAGACAUAACUGUAUAGAUAACUGUAGGUGUUAUAUAGGUAUAUUUAUUAUAAUAAAUAACUGUUUACUGUAUAAUGGUGUUCUGUAACAUAUUUUAGUCUGGUACAUUUGUCUUUUGAUGUGAACUUAAAAU